AUGGAAUGCUGCGGUUUGGACACCGAGUCGCUAAUGCUGGUCAUCCAGUUGCAGCGCCAAGACCUCGACGAGUGCGAGCACUCGAAGAAAGGCAAGCACCGCGAAGACGAGAUCAUCGACUCCGAGGUCGCUCUCAAACUUUGCCGUCAAGAACUUGAGGAGGUGGCGAUGCUUAUUUCCGACCAAGCACUUUGCAUCAGCAUCGCCAAAGCUGUCGACUCGGAUGCUCUCCUCAUCGCUGAGGCAAAGGCAGCCGAGGAACAGGCUGCCAGCGACCGCGCUUUUGCCUUGAGGUUAUCCGGAAAUCCCCAAGCGACACCUGCGACCGAUACUACCAAGACUAACGAGAGGAAACGCACCGCUGAUCACUUGGACGAUGCUUCUAUUGAAAGAUUCAAGUUGAUGAACCGUUUCGAGCCGGACCAUGCCGAAUCUUCCUCGUCAGCCGCUUACCGCGAACCCCCCGAGACCAGAGAAUGCAUCGCCUGCACCGACAGUUUCCCAACUUCUGCUCUCGCUCGCUCUCCAUGCUCCCACGAGUACUGCAGGGGGUGCCUCGUCGGCCUUGUUCAGUCUUCUCUCCGAGACGAGUCCCUCUUCCCUCCACGAUGCUGCACCCAACCCAUUCCUAUUGAGCCCGGCCCGUGGUUCUCCCCAGCCCUCGUGGGUGAGUUUCGCGCAAAGCAGCUUGAGCACGACACACCAGACCGGACAUAUUGCAGCCAGCCAACAUGUUCUACGUUUGUGCCACCGGCAUUCAUCGCGAAGGACGUGGCGCGGUGUCCCAAAUGCAGUCAAAGAACCUGUGUCCAUUGCAAAGGACCAUUUCAUCAUGGCGUCUGUCCAAACGACACCGUAUCUCAGCAGGUUCUGGAGCUUGCGACUCAGAAUGGCUGGCAGCAGUGCAAAGUCUGCAAGAGAGUUGUUGAGUUGGAGCAGGGGUGUAAUCACAUCACUUGCAAGUGUAAGGCCGAGUUCUGUUACGUCUGCGGUGAGCGCUGGAAGACUUGCGCUUGUCCACACUGGAACGAGGAGCAUCUUUACAACAGAGCGAAUGCGAUUGUGGCUCGAGCCAACACCGCCGCCCAGAUCCUCGAGAAUGUUCGACAACGUCUUGUUGAGCAAGAGAGGCUCAACUUGCUCGACAAUCACGAAUGCAUCCAUGAGAGAUGGAGAGGACGACGCGGUCCUGCCGAAUGUGAAGAGUGCCUCGACAUUAUGCCGGUGUUCAUCUACGAAUGUCGCCAAUGCCACAUCAUGGCCUGUCGGCGAUGCAGGUACAACCGCCUUUGA